GCUCAGGUUCAAUUUCUGGAGCUCUUGUGUGUCUAGUACGAAAACACAUAGGAUGUCUCAUACAUAACUACGGACAUCUGCGGCGUUGUGCGACGCGUACACAAAGCUAAAACUAAGGACUAAGGACUAUCUAUGGCGAUGUGUGCAAGCAGGGCGUGUGGAGAAGGAGAAUGAACCACGAGCUAGCUGAGCUGUUCAACGCUGCAGAUAUCUUCACGGUUGUCGAAACCGGGAGGAGACGAUGGCUGUGGCAAGUGAUGAGGAUGCCGGACUCAUGCCCCAUCAGGAAGGUGCUCGUCAGCGACCCAAACAGGAGGAGUCGAACAUGUCGGAGCUCAGAUGCAGCCGUGAAUGGAGGACGUCAGCCCUAGAUCAAGUUUCCUGGAAACGGUUUUGAGUCUUGUGCGUGUCUUCGCGACGUACUCCUGAGCAGGUCAUGAAGAAGAAGAAAAAGACGAGUAUAACUUCAUUUCAGCACGAUGUCUAAUAUGUAUACCAAACUUUCAUAUUGUGCAAAAGUUUUGGAACAAAUCCUUGAGACAAUUUAUUUGAGCAACAUUCGUGAUAAGGCAGUUUGGUAGGAGGAAAUGCUUAAUCAGAAUGUAAAAUCCUAGUCGAAGAUUAACUCAAUAAUACGGCAGAGACCGUAGUAUUAAAUAAACAAAUAUAUAAGAUUCGAUCUCAUCGCUAUUUGAACAGAUGAAACUUUCUCAAGAAGGUACAUUAUUGCACGUCUACUGUAUAUCCUAGUGGAAGAAAACAACUUCGUUUUAGCAACAUGCAGCUACGUUUACCGCAUAUACACGCAUGUAUAUGACGCUGUUAAAUAAAGCCAAAACUUCCAUCACAUGUGUAGGAAAAACAUCUGUUGAAAAGGUGAUGGAUUUUUGGGAUUUAAAUACGAACACGGAUUUGGAUCGUAACCAUACUUGUAGUGAACGAACCAUGAAGCAAGUGAUCGGUCUAGUGCUUUUGGGACUGUUCUGCAGCAAUGCUGUGCUGGCAGAUGAUAAUGUCGAGACUCACACGGAUGGCGUAUCGCAAUCUGGACGUAUUGUCAACGGUGUCGGAGUGAACAUUGCCAGCCACAAAUUUGCAUUGAGUAUGCGUUAUGAUAAUCAAUUCUACUGCGGUGCUAGCAUCAUUACUGGUUCCCAUGCGUUGACCGCAGGACAUUGCGCGUAUGAUGUUCGUAACAGUCCAAAUAUGAUCACUUUAUACGGAGGUAGCACAUCUCCCUACACAGGGGGCUUUACAAUUCCGGUGAUCAGUAUAGUGGUUCAUCCCAAUUACAAUCCCAAUGCAGCACCCGGAACGUCUGAUUUCGAUGUAGCUGUCUUAACGGUACCCAGGAACGCAUUCGUUGGAAAGCCAAACAUGGCUCCGAUAGUACUCCAAGGCGCGGAAUUACCGGCUGGUACACUUUGCUACGUAGUUGGAUGGGGUCGUACAAACAUUAACGGACCAGCACCUACAAGUGAUUUACGCUUUGCCAGCAUGUACAUCGUAUCGCAGGGUACUUGUGCUGCAUCGUGGACCCCAUACCCAGAUCAACCAAUUACGUCUAAUAUGAUUUGUGCCAAGUACAGCAAUGGAGUGGAUGUUUGCAAAGGAGACAGUGGUGGCGCUUUCGUGUGUGGUGGACGACUGAGUGGAAUCAUUUCCUUCACCAAUCCCGACUGUAACAGUGUCUGGCCAGCCGGUUUUGCUAAGAUUAGUGCACCCAGCAUUCGCAACUUCAUUCCUAGCCAAACGGGGAUUCAAUAUUGAUAAAAGAUGAUCGGGGUGAUCGAGUAAAUCAUUACACUGUCGAUAAAAUAUAGUGCCAUCCUAUCAUAUGGAGACCGGUGCAAAUGAAUCCGCUAUGGAGC